UUCCCGUUUAAAUGUGCCUUUAUGAUGUCAAUGUCUUUACCUGUCUAAUAAAACUUCUCUGGUAAUUAUUAACCUUCUUCAAGAAAAUCAAGAACUACUUUCCCUCUUCACAAACCUCAUUAAUAUCACUGAAAGGAAUGAAAGCUAUGGCAGAACUCAUAACCACCACCACUGGCUAUAUAUAUGUGUGUAUCAGCUGAGUAAUCCAACCUCAACCGAUACUAAUUCCAGGACCUUCUUUGAUGAACAAAAUGUUAUCACAAGUUAUUCUUGUUUUGAUCUUCACCAGCGUAGUCGCUUCACAAUCAAUCAUCAAGACUCUACCUGGGUUUGAUGGAGAUCUACCGUUUACGCUUGAAACUGGGUAUAUUGGAGUAGGCGAGAUGGAUGAAGUGCAGCUAUUCUACUACUUCAUUGAGUCUGAGAGGAAUCCAAGACUUGAUCCCCUUGUGCUUUGGCUCACAGGAGGCCCUGGCUGCUCUGCUUUAUCUGCCAUUUUUUAUGAAAUCGGUCCAAUAACUUUCAAUCAUUCGAACUUUAGUUGGGAAACACUGCCAACGUUGAUCUUGAAUCCAUACUCAUGGACAAAGGUUGCAAAUAUAAUAUUUUUGGAUGCACCAGUUGGCACUGGAUUCUCCUAUGCAAUAACUUCAGAGGGAUAUAAAAUUGGUGAUCUAUCUUCAGUGGCACAAACUUAUGAGUUUCUAAGAAAGUGGCUUAUGGGUCACCCAAAGUUUGUGUUUCAUCCACUCUAUAUUGGCGGUGAUUCUUAUUCAGGCAUUACUGUUCCCAUGCUCGUUCAACGUAUAUCUAAUGGUAUUGAAGCUGGAGAUAAGCCACUUAAUAAUAUUAAGGGGUUCUUUUUAGGCAAUCCAUUUACUGAUGGAAACAUUGAUAUCAACGCAAGACUUACAUUUGCUCAUAGAAAUGCUCUUUUAUCGGAUGAACUCUAUGAGUCCACUGUAAGGGAUUGCAAAGGAGAGUAUUAUACAUCUCCAGAUCCAAGCAAUGCAGCCUGUGUUGCUGAUCUCGAAGCUGUCAAAUAUUGCCUUGAUAAAAUAUAUUCACCCAACAUAUUGGAGCCAGAUUGUGUUACAUAUAUAUCUCCAAAACCAAACAUAUCAGCUUGGAAUAUUGCAACCUCUCUUCUGGAAAAUAAUUUCAUUCAUCUCCUCAUUUCAAUCAGGAAAAUUUCAGAAUCCUGGUGUCGGAUUGACAACUACGUGCUCUCUUAUAUUUGGGCUAAUGACAAAAAUACCCAAGCUGCUCUCCAUGUUCGAGAGGGAACUGUAAAGGAUUGGCAAAGAUGCAAUACUAGUUUAAUGGAUAUUUAUUAUAAAUAUGAAAUCAAUUCCAGUCUUUUGUAUCAAAAAAACCUUACCAAGAAAGGCUAUCAGGCUUUGAUUUACAGUGGUGAUAUGGACAUGGCGGUGCCAUACGUGGGUACACAAGAAUGGAUAAAAUCUCUAAAUUUGACUAUAGAAGAUGAGUGGCGUCCAUGGUUCGUUGAUGGUCAAGUUGCAGGUUACGUAACUACGUAUUCGAAGAACAAGUAUAGUUUGACGUAUGCAACUGUUAAGGGUGCAGGUCACACAGCUCCAGAAUACAAACCUGAACAAUGCCUUGCCAUGGUUGAUAGGUGGUUUGCCGAUUAUCCACUAUAGGAUAAAAGGAGAAAGUUACCUAUAUUUAAUUUAUCAUAAAUUUAAUAUACAAAUAUAUAAAUAUUAUGUCUUGAGAUCUAUAUAAGAAUUUUACAGGAGAAAAACCUUUUAAUACUUUCUUACAUUUAAUUAAUCAUUAUUGUUAUGAAUAAUGAGAGGCAAGCUAAUUGAUUUGUCAUAACUUGCAAUCACUUGCAUAUAUCCAAUACUGAAUUAGAAUGUUAUUUGUUGUACAAAUAUUUUAUUUAAGUAGAAUUGUUUCGUUCA